CAAAUGAUACACACGCUGAACAACCCACACCCCCGCGCGGGGGGUGCUUUUCGGCGCGUCACUCCUUGAGGGUCUCUCACGCGACUGUUCUCCGGGGAGAAAAUGUUGGCGACGGAGUUAGCUCCGAUGGCGAUGUGUGAAAGCAAAGGCCCAAUCUUCUGCGGGGCUGAGCCCGUAGAUGGGGAUGUGGUGGAUGCAAUUGAGAGCAGAGUGAAGAAGAGGAAGAAGAGAAAGAAGAAAGAGGAGUGCGAAAGGGGCACUUGUUCAAAUUCAAUGGAUCCCCUUGAGGUAUUUGGCACAGACAUCAUGCUGAUGAUUCUGAGCCAUCUUGACGCACGCAGCGUGGCACUAUCUCUCCUUGUCUCCCGCCGUUGGAAUGGAGUUGCUUCCAGCGACACCAUUUGGGGCCCCAAGUGCGAGGAAUUAUGGCUUGGAAAAGCACAUAUACCUCGUAUAUCAAAGCUUCGGGGACUUGCAAAGUUGGCUGUUUACUCAUUGGCAGUUGUUGAUGGCAAACGUGCUCGAAUAAUGAGGGAUGACCUCUGUGAUCAUGCUUGGGAAUUUCAUUUUACUGAGGCUGCUCCAGAAUAUUGGCGAAAUCUUGACCCUUACUGGAAUGGCACCGGAGCUCCCUUGCGUCGCUAUUUCCAUCCAGACGGAAGCCAAACUGCAGAUCCGCAGGACCAGAUCUGGGGUGGUCACGAGGCCUGCUACUGUGUAGUAACAAGCUACCUGGCUAAUGACAAGAUAAGACAACACUAUGUGAGGAUUAACAGGUGGCCCCAACUAUACGUGUCGAGGAAGCUGGAUUGGAGGUGGGAGAUGUCCAACAAGCUAUGCAUCUACACCAGCAUCCCUGAUCCUGAUAAACCGGAUGGGACUGGCCCUCUAUUCCCAGUUUUCUAACUGUGGUAGGCCUACUUGCUUCGUUUUGUCUGUUGUAGGAUAAAGGAAAGUCGAAAUCUUCCAGUUUUGAUGUUUGAAGUGGAAGUGUUUGUAUAAUGUGCUAAAGCAAUGGAUUCUGCGACUGAUGCUAAUUAGAAUAAGGAGUAUUUUGCACCACUCAAGUCCCUCAACUUGAUGAGUGAUAUAUAAAUCAUAAAGAUUCAAAAAGUGAAACUUGA